AUGCGGUUGCGCACUGAGCAAUCUGAAGACUACCGUCAGCAGCCUGCAUUGCGCAUGGACGACUCAGGAGUUACAAAAACCACUUAUGUUCUAUCUUACUUUUUGUCCAUCCUGCUGAUGGUCUUCAUUGUCUCUAUCGACGCCACGGCGUUGGCGGUUGUCAUACCUACCAUAACGGAAGAGUUUGACGGAACGUACCUGUAG